UUGGCAAAGGAGAAAUGCUCACUAACAAGGAUGUAAAGACAUUUGUGAACAAAAUUACAGAGAAAUAAUAUAUGUGUGCAUAUGGAACAUUUCUGGGAUAUUAUGUUUCAGCUCAUAAAUCAUGGGACCAACACUUUACAUGUUGCGUUUAUAUUUUUGUUCAGUGUAGAUUACAGUAGCCUGCCUACCUACUGUCGAGGCGUGGUCGAGCCAGUCUAUAUAAAUCGUGACGCCUUUAGUCUGGCGCUCCUUCUACUGGUCCCGACUCUGCCACGGCUGUGUUUGUGUGCGCCACCGUAAACCGCUACCCGAGACGCGCCCGGCAUCUUGAAUAAGAAAGUCCCACGAAGAAAAGGCAUAGGCCUACUAGGAACUUUUUAAGAGUAGCAAUAUCGAGUACGUGGACAAUAUAUAGGAAAACGACAUACAGUGAUUUUUGCAGAAUUACAGUUGGUGGUGAUUUGAAGUUCGAAGACAUGAGGAUUCUACGAGUUGCGCUCCUGCUCGUCCAUGCCUUUAUGGUCUCGAGGUUGGUGAGCGGAGCUGUGGUGGACAGGUAUGAGAGUGAGAGGCCACCGCAGCACACAGCAUUUAUCAACCUGUUGGAUGUCCUGAGCGACAGAAGGAUGGAGGGAGGGAGGGAGAAGAGUCAUCACGGCGUGGAGGGUCCAGUGUUGGAGGAUGAGGAGUACUAUGAUUACUACCAUGAAGAUGAAGAAGAUGCCUCAGGGGAAUAUGAGGUGGAAUUACCUCGAGUUGCAUUGUCGACUAAACCUAAAGACCCAUCGGCCAUCUUGGAAGCUGAGGGGAAGAGGAGGCGAGGAAAGGGGAGGAAGAAGGGAAAGGGAAAGAAGAGGAACCCUUGUCUGAAGAAGUAUAAGGACUUCUGUAUCCAUGGCAGCUGUCAUUACCUGAGGGACAUCAAAGCUCCGUCAUGCAUAUGUCGUCCCAGCUACUCUGGGGAGCGGUGUCACCUGUUCACACUGGCUUCAGAGGGGAGGGACGUGGGAGGAUACAGCCGGACCACAGCUCUGGCUGUGGUGGCAGUGGUGUUGUCCUCUGUCUGUCUCACCAUCAUAGGCCUGCUGCUGGUGCUCAGGUUUCACAAGCGAGGAGCGUACGACAUAGAGCAUGAGGAGAAGGUCAAACUGGGAUCAGCACCCAACCAUUGAAGAGCUGGAGAGAAGGGACAGGAUAGAAAUGGAAAUUCUACCUCAAAAUAGAAAAGAAGAAGUGAAAAAAAAGCCAAGAGAGAACGCAGAGAGACCUGGAAGGUAUGGCAGAGAGGGGGACUGGAUGGGCGUGACCUGGACACAUAGCCCCAACCCAUCUCACUGAUGGACAGAUGUGAUUGGGUAGCUCGAUUCUGCGGUAAGCCCUGCAACCUAUCAGGAGAGAGCCUGGCUAAAACUGGAACUCUGAUUGGCUGGGAGAAAAGACUGGAGUGGUGAUGACAAUAUGGAAGCUGAGAUGAAGAGAAGGAACAUUUCUGGGCCCGUAUCCACAAAGUGUCUCGAGGAAGGAGAGCUGCUCUUGGAUCAGUUUUGCCUUUAGAUCAUUGUGAAUAACAUUAUAGUGACAGGCCCUAUAUCAGCACACUCCUAUCAGAGAUGCUUUGUGGAAACGUCCCUGGAUCAGUGCUGCUUCUUGGCUAUGUUAAAAAAAAAGUCUCAGCCUGAAAGGACACCAUCUUCUCUUCAUCUGCCAGAAAUAGAGAGAACCAUGGUCUUUCUUCAACAGGAGUGUUUUUACCAAUCAGCAUUUUGUAUUUUCCUUCAUAUGCUCUUUCUUUGUCGUUUUCUAGUGUACUGUAAAACUGUUAUUUAUACCAUAUAUUUGUCUUUAAAUUUAUUUAUUGAUGUGAUGUUGCUAUAUUUAUGCAGAUAUUUAACUCCUUCCAACCAAAGAUGCACUUCCAGUUUGUAAAGGUUAUCUAUAAGGUCAUCCUUGUGUUUUUAUAUUUAAAUGUUAAAUAAUAUUUAUUGAUGAAAAUGAAGAUAAAAUGAAUAAAAAAUGUACAGUAUAUUUGGAGAAACAGACAUUUGAACGUAAGCGUCCUCUUGGUCUCAUAGAUGUACCUGAUUGCUGACUUUGAUAUCAGCACUCUGUGUACAGGCUGCUGAGAACACACACACCACUGGGAUUAGUUGGUUGCUUGAUUGAUUGAUUCAAUAAACAACAGUGUGGUGUACUAUACCAAUGUACCACUGACAGGUCUCUCUGUGUGUACCCUUAUGACGUGGUUGCAUUGGGUCUUCUGUGUUUGACUCUGUGACAUAGAAGUGAAUUGAAUAGAAUUUACUCUAUUCUAGAAUCCCAAAAUAUAGAAUAUAGGAAAUAUUCUAGAAUGUUUCAUCUAGAAUCCAGUUUAAAUAUUUCUGUAUUACAAUCAGGAUGUGGAAUAGAUCCAACGCAAACAUUGUAGCGAGUGUUGGAAAAUAGAAACAUACACAAGUGGUGUAGUUUUUAUUGUCUUUGAGAAAUUAGUAGGACAUAAAUCUCCAAAAAAUGUUAUCUCCAAUUUCUGUUAUUUAUUUCUGUUACCAUGCCAGUUGUGUUGUCUUGUUUUAGCAUGGUGGGUGUGGUUAGGGAUAUACUAUAGUUACUAUAAUAUGGAUAUGUACUGUAAUAUACACUGAGAUCCAUGCUAAGAUCAUGAUGAAAUGUGAAUUCAUUCAAGUGUUCAGCCUUUUAAAAAAACGAAUAACCCUCCUCUAGAAAAACAUCCUGGACACAACCUGCAGUUUUGAAGUGAUUUCUAGUAAAAAAAAAAUGUUUUUCUUCUCAGAAAAUAAAGUAUUUUUUUCUCUGAA